GGUCUCUGUGUCCCCCCCCCUACAGCGUGUUCUGCAACCAAACCGUGAACUCCUCCGAGAAGCAGGCGAUGGUGCACUCACUGCCUCCUGGCACCAAUGUGAGGCUGACGGUCCGGACGCUGUAUGAGUCUCUGAAGGGGGACGCGGCCUCCAUCGACAGCUUCAUCGUUCCAGACCCCGCCCGCAACCUGGUCUUGAACGCCAGUGAGACCACCAUCACGGCCAGCUGGGAUGCCCCCAACGGCUCCUACAAUUACUUCAGCGUGUCCGUCUGGCUGCACAACUCCACGGUGAACGCCACCCACUACAACACCACCGAACGCCUCCUGACCCUGCCCAUGCUGUACGCCGCCGCCCAGUACGAGGUGACCGUCACCACCCACGCCGGGGACCUCAGCAGCGAGCCGACCGUCGGCAGCACCUACACCCAACCGGUCAUGGCGCAGGACCUCAAAAUCACCUUUCAAGGCAGCAACGGCACCCUGACGUGGACGGCGCCCCAAACCGCCCCAACCACUAGGUUCCGGGUCAAGUACGACGGCAGAUUCUGGAACCACCUCGGAGAUUUCAACCUCACCGGGGGCCAGCUCAAUGUGGGGCCCCUGCGCCCGGGCACCCGCUACCUGUUCCAGGUGAUCACCGUCUCCGGCACCAUGGAGAGCGAACCAGCCGACUACACAGAAUACACACCCGGGAACGAGAGUGAAGUCACACUGUCCAUGAUGUGUUCUUCAAAAGGGCAAGACUGCGAAGAAAGCGACGUCAAGGAUGAGGUACUCAAUAAGUUGAGGGAGGAGUUCGGUGUAGUGUUGGACGGAGUGUCCUGGAAACUCGCCUGGAAGACGUCACCUCUCGACAAAACUGCACAGUGAAAGAAAUCAAGGUUUUAUUUGUUUUAAUUGAUGCGGUUGUGGACUAUUUUACUGCUUUGUUCUCUAAUGUUAAAGUAUUUUCCAUUUAUAUAUAUUAUUGUACACAUUUAACGUAUUGGUCCAGAAAUGCAUAUUUUUAAAUUGUUAUUUGUUUUCUUGCUAAAUCAUUUUGUACGUUUUCACAAAGAAUACAGCUAUAGUUCCAUCGGAUGUCCACCAUGGGACAGUAUUUAUCCUUUUGGCAAAAUAGUGCCGCGCUAACUCUCACCUUCACUCAAAUCAAGGGAAUCAAUCAAAUCGAUGCAAUCGUUUUUUGGUACUUUUAUUUUCCCUGCAUCGGGCGGACCCUUGUAUGAUUACAAACCAAGACAACAACUUGUUUUGAUCCGAGGGUCUGGUUGAUACUAAGCAGAUUAUCAGUAGAUCAGGACACAGAUCAUUCCAGGUUGAUAAACAAGACUUGGGUGCAUUGGACUUUGUAAAGAUCAGCUUUGUAAGUGGCUGACAAUUCAAUAAUUUGACAAUAAAUACAUAUUUUAACAAGA